AUGGACGCUGCAAGCAAACAACUGGAGCAAUUGGAUCAGGAGAUUGCCGAUAUCACUGCAGAGGCCAAAGAAGCUAAGGAGGCAUGGUUGAGCGCCUCAGAUCCUCAGCAGAAAGCCGACCUGAAGGAGAUCUGGCAGCAGCUGCAGGUUCGAGUCCAGGCAAUCGACUUCAGAAGGUCGAAGCUGGAAGACAAGCUCGGCACCCCAGGUGGCAACAUCUUGGCAAGACUUGAUCGGCUGGAAGACCGUGCGACUUACCCGUUGAUCUCACCAACAGCACGCGACAAGAUUGAAGCUGCCUCAUGUGUGCUGCUGGAUGACAACAAGCCCAUAGGCGUUGCGUUCUUCAUUGCUGAACGCGUCUGCCUGACCUGCAACCACAACUUGGACGACUUUGAGGAAGGCCAGCAAGUGACAGCUAGGCAGCCAUCAGGAGGGGAGCAAUUCUCACUCACAGUCAGCCAGCACAACACAGAUCUGGACUACGCCACAUUGCGCAGCGAGCAGCAACAUGACUUUGUCACUUGCUACCGCGGAGCACCUGCUAAGCUUGGAACCGUCAUGCGCAUCAGCCGCCGGGGACACCACAUGGUGUAUGAGUGCAACUCGUGGCCUGGGGACUCAGGGGCUAGCUUGGCCUUGUAUGAUGGCGAGGUGGUGGGCAUGCACCAAGACGGCGUGAAUUCGAUAAAGGAGAUCGUGGAGAGGAAGCAUGCCACGACAAUUGUGGCCAGCAAGGUCUACCUCUUCCAGGUGACCAGGAAUACGCGGCACGAGAUCAACGCUGGGCUUUGCAAGGUUCUGGCUUACCUGCCGGCGCACCUGGAGUGGACUAUGCACACGUGUCCCGCCGCAACCAUGCACGCAUGCCUGCCAUGCCUCAGCUUCUCCAUCUGUGUGCCAGAAUUCCCCAGCCUUGUGCCAGCUAUCGUCUGCAUCGCUCUCUGCUCUGAGAAGGUGGACAUCCCUGUUUUGACCCGUCACAGAGAAUGCGCAAAGCCCUGGCGGCGAGGGACCAGUCCUAACUCAUACACCAAUGGCCGGCUGGAAAUGCCGCGCUCCGCGGGGCGGUGCUGCAAAGGAACAGGCGGGGAGCGGCACGGGCUGUGUGGUGGCGGCGCUGCCGGCUAAGCGCUUGGGAUGGCAUUGGCAGUCCACUCUGCUGAGCUCCACCGCUAUGCGGCUGCAGGAAAUUGCAGCCUGCCACACAGUGUUGUGGGAAGCUGUGGAACGGCGUGUUUGCUGCAUUGCAUGCUACCGCGGUGGUGUGAGCUGCUGUGCAAUUGUUUAUUUGCUCGAUUGCAUGUCCAUGCAGCGGUGUGGGUUGCUGUGAUUUUGUAGUAUUCAGUGCCAUGUGCGUAUUUGUUCUGCCUGGGAAUUAAGAGAACUGUCUCAAAUGGGUCUCUAAGUGUUAAGUGCAGUCUGUGGUAAACGAUUCAUGGCACU